CCCGGCGCACAUUCAAUAACCCAGUAAAUUAAUUUGACAGCUUUGAAUACGCUACGCACGUACACGGCCCUUCAAAGGGUGUAAUGCAGAUACUAGAGAGGUCAAGAAAGUCUAGGAUUCUUUCUGAUUCUAAAAAUUCAUAGUGAGAGAUGUUAAAGAAGAGUAGACAGUGAAGAGAUAUGACUACAAGAUGAAGAGGUAUAAGCAGUACCUGGAGCCAGAUAAUACUUAUCUGUUGCCAAGGACUACAAGAUUCAGAUCCUACACAUGCAGUUCCAACAGCGACGCACCUGGUCCAUCAAGAAGUCAUGUUUUUGAGAAUCAGAAUCUGAACUAGAGAAAAGAAACUGUAUAUAUGGCACUGAAGGACGAAGUGAGGAUGGAAGUGAGACAAAUGAUGUAUGUGCAGUUGAGACAGAGGAACAAAAGAGAGUAAAUUGUGCUUUAGGGCAUUAUGAAAGUGAGACAUCAAAUAAGUGAUGAAGAAAGAAUGGAAUUAGAAGAAGGAAAUUGAAUUAAAAAAUUGAAGGAAAUUAGAUGGUGAAAAGUGAAACAGCAAGUGAUGGAGUCAGUGAAGCAGGUGAAAGUGAUGAAGACAGUGAUGUUGAGGAACAUCAUGAUGAAGAUGAACCUGACACCAGUCCAAAAUUUGCAGAAAACCUAAAUGUCCCAAUAUGCAGGUUUCUCUCGAUCACUAAGGCUGAACUACUCCUGAUACUCAUAACAUUUACACUGAAACACAAUUUAGCCUUUGCUGCACUGCUUGACCUGUUGAAAUUGAUUAAUUUCAUUUUCUCUUCAACUGUACUACCGGCCUCUAAACACAUGCUCAGUAAGGUAUUUGCACACUUUAGCCAGAGAACAGAGCUUCAUUUUCUCUGUACAUUCUGUCAGUCAUAUCUUGCAAGUCAGACAGAAGAUAAUCAGAGGAAACACUAUGUGUGUUCAAACUGCAACAAGACAAACAUUACCCAAGAUCUGAAAAGCCAAAGCUACUUUGUAACCUUACCAGUCGAUUUACAAGUUAGAUCACUCCUUGAAAAUGACAACUUUAGAGAUUCACUCAACAUUCGAUUUUCAAGAGCAACAUCAGAAAAUGUCCUUAGGGACAUUUAUGAUGGUGAUAUGUACAAGGAGCUCUCACAUCCGGGUGGAAUUUUGCACAAUAAGAAUAACCUUUGGUAUGUGUUCAAUUCAGAUGGAAGUCCCUUAUAUAAAGCCUCCGGUACAUCAGUCUGGCCAAUACAGCUAGCUAUAAAUGAAAUUCCCCCUGCAGAACGUAGGAAAAACAUGAUACUUGCUGGUCUGUGGCAUGGGAAAGGAGAACCCCGGAUGGAUAUUUUUAUUCACAGAUUUGUAGAGCAAGCAAAAAAACUCAUCACAGAUGGGGUGAUGUGGUGGAACAAGAUCACAAAUUCGUGGAUAAAAACUAAACUCGUAGGGUUAUGUUGUUGUGUGGACUCCGUUGCUAGACCCCUGUUGCAAAACAUCACCCAGUUUAAUGGGUACCAUGGCUAUGUUGCUCAGCCAGUCCCCACCAGCUCUGCCAAGCUGGUCCACCAGCUCAGCCAGGUCCCCACCAGCUCGGCCAAGCUGGUCCACCAGCUCAGCCAGGUCCCCACCAGCUCGGCCAAGCUGGUCCACCAGGCUCAGCCAGUCCCCACCAGCUCGGCCAAGCUGGUCCACCAGCUACAACCAGCUUUGACCAGCUUAAACCAGCUUGAACCAGCUACCAUCUUAAGCUGUCUAUUGUAUGUCCAUCUUGCUGCCCAGAUGCUGCGCGUGAAUGAUUACAGCAUGCAGAUUGGGAAGAAAAGCCCAACCUUUGAUCCUCCAAUCGGCUAUGAACCACCCAAUCUCAUUGACAUUGCACAGGUGGUGAAGCAGCUGGAGUUAGGGAAGGCCGCACAACCGGAGCAGUCUGGUUUUACGCAUAAGUUGUCUACCAUCGACCACAUCCUGGCACUUAGAGUUCUCAUGAAGCGCAAGUACGAAUAUUGGCAGAAGUUCUUUGUAGCCUUUGUCGAUUUUCGUAAAGUGUUUGACUCUGUCAAGUUGCUCUGUGGGACAUCCUGA